AUGCAAAGUAUUAUAUUCGAUUAUGCAGUAUUUCUACUGCUGAUUGGGUUGUCAUUCGCAGUAUUAAUUUAUAGUAAAAUAUCCGGCCCCAAAGAACAGACGAAAGCGGACUAUGUGUUCGCGUCGAAAGGGUCGGUUUCGAUGGGAGCGAUGCUCCUAUCCAUUGCACGUGGAUUUCUGGGUGUCAAAGUCUUCCUCGGGUAUCCGUCCGAAUUUUACUAUAGAGGAAGCGGAAUGUGGGAAACCCUGUACGGAAUGUCUCUAGCAUUCCCUUUGGUUUUAUAUUUUUUCCUACCGGUAUAUUUCAAUCUCGGAAUUACUUCAGUUUAUCAGUACUUAGAUAUGCGAUUCAAAUCAAGACUUGUGAGGAGGCUUGCGUCUGGUACAUAUUUUAUUAGAAGUAUACUUAACCUUGGUGUAACAGUUUUCACACCGUGCGUUGCCUUAAAAACUGUGAUGGGAUUGCCUUAUUGGUUUUCAAUCAUCUUAAUUACAUCCAUUGCCAUUGUUUUCACACUACUGGGAGGUCUGAGAUCAGCUAUCCUUGCAGACGCCGUACAGAGUUUAGUGAUGAUCGGUUGCAGCAUAGUGAUCAUUAUUCACGGAUUCUUUAUAGCUAAAGGUCCACUGAAUGUAUUCGAAGUGACCAAGGAACGGGACAGGCUGGACUUUUUCAAUUUCAACAUGGACCCCACUCUUCGUGUGUCGACGGUGUCCGCCACUCUUGGCCAGCUGUUCAUGUCGCUUUCGAUGUUCGGAUGCCAACAAAAUUUCGUUCAACGCUACUUUAGUAUGGACUCUCAGAAACAAGUUGAAAAGGCUUUGUGGCUGACCAUACCGUUGAUGAUAUUCCUCUUCAGUCUAUCGUGGAUUGUCGGUAUGGUGAUAUUCACGGUGUACGCUGAUUGCGAUCCUCGAGCACUUGGAUACAUAUCGGAGAUCGACGAGAUCAUACCUUUUUAUAUUGAAGACAGAUUUUACUUUUUGCCGGGUUUCAUGGGACUCGUAUUGGCCAGCUUAUUCAACAGUGGACUCAGUAUAUUAGUGUCCAACUUAAAUUCAAUCUCGACUGUUGCUUGGGAAGAUUUUGUAUCUCAAAUACCAAUAUUCAAAGGUGCCACUGAAAAGAACCAAUUGUGGUGCAUUAAAAGCAUAAGUGUAAUUACUGGUUUUAUAGUUAUGGGUGUUGCGUUUAUUGUCGCACAAUCUUCAGGUGUUAUUGAUGCUUCUCAGCUAAUGACAUCAGCAACUAGUGGACCUCUUUUAGGAGUUUUUGUUUUAGCUAUGUUUUUCCCAUCGACGAAUUGGAAAGGUGCUGCAGCUGGUAUGAUAUCUAGUCACUUGAUGACCCUGUUUAUUGUACUUGGAUCGUUAUCUAUCGCCAAAGAACCUAAUUAUCUUCCAGUGUCCACUGAAGGAUGUACGAAUACGACGUUUUCGCCACACAUUGAGCCGAUUUUUGAUAUCCAGUAUAAUCAAUACAAAAUGAGCUUUUUGAAUAAAACCCACGACGACAUUUCCAGUGUCCUGUCGACGCCUGAAGUUGAAUCGUCCUCCACAGACGAUAUACUGACAAUGUUGUACUCGAUAACGUAUAUGUACUACUCAUUAUUGGGCACAUUUGUAACAGUCUUCGUCGGUGUCAUAGUCAGCUACAUGACAGCCAUACGGACUGGUGAUGACAUACAAUAUCAUCCACUUGGUUAUGAACCUAUACUAUAG